CUUCUUGACCAAGAUUGCCUGUCGGCUUCACAUUACACUCAAUGUUCAAUAAACAGAGACUGGUAAACAUGUUCAUCUGAUUCAAUUUUCCUGAUCAUAUUCACACCGACAUCCUUGACCUUGGGACCGCUGGUACCUAGAAGCUCCUUUACAUCAUACGUCAGACCCAAAAAAUCCAAGUCGCCGGCAAUCCUCACUCGUCGAUCUAGCUCUUCAAGUCGUCCGCAAUCCCUCCCAGCAACGCAAUGGCGCCGACAAAGCCCAAAAAGAAAUCACAAAAGGACAAAGCGAGGGAUAGACUCCGAGCCAAGGCAUCUUCCUCUCAAAGUUCUAAUGUCCAACCCAGAGAGCUCCUCGCCCAAGCGGCCGCCUUCCUCGAAGAAGGCGACCCGGAGAGCGCAGCACCGAUAGCCCGCAAGGCGUACGAGCACAUUGGCGCCCACGGGCGGCACGCGUGCGCGGCACUAUCACUCCUAGGCCAGAUACACGUCGAACUGGGCGACAUCGACAGCGCCCGCGACUUCUUCGCCGCCGCCGUCAAGCUGGACGAGGACGGUUCGCUCCCCGAAGGCGUCGGCGGCGGGCCCGAAAAGUUCCUCUGGCUCGCGCAGCUCAGCGAGGAGGGCGGCCAGGACAGCGUCGCCUGGUACGAGCGCGGCGCCACGGCCCUGCGCUCCCAGAUCCGCGCCCUCACCGAGUCGCUCGAGUCGCGGCCCCUGACGCGCGAUCAGCAGGAGGCCGUCAUAGCCGAGAAGCGGAGGAAACUGGCAGAGGUGCUUUGCGCCGUGGUGGAGGUGUACAUGACGGACCUCAGCUGGGACGAGGACGCAGAAGACCGGUGCGAGGCCUGCAUCACCGAGGCUACGAUGAUCGCCCCCGAGUCGGCCGAGACGUGGCAAACCGUCGCAAAUGUUCGCAUAUCUCAGGAGAGGAUGCCAGAGGCACGAGAGGCGCUGAAGAGAAGUUUGGCCCUGUGGUGGGAUCUUCCCCCCGAAGAUCCGGCCGUGCCGCCCUUCCCCUCGCGGGUCAGCUUGGUUAGGCUGCUGAUUGAAGUUGAGAUGGAGGACGAGGCCAUGGAGGUCACCGAGCGCAUGAUUGGGGAGGACGACCGGAGCGUGGAGGUUUUGUAUCUCGGCGGAUAUGCCAGGUUCAGGUCGGGCGAGAGGCUAAAGAACUCGGAUCAGGCUCCCGAUCCAGAGGUCUGGAAACGCAAAUGGCGGUCAUCACGGAAAUGGCUUGUACGGUGUCUGCGAAUUUUCCAGGAAGAGGAGUACGAAGAUACGAGGUUAGGAGAGCACGCGCAAGAGUUGCUGGCCAUUCUGGCAGACAACAAGAGCGAGCUUGGGGAGUCACUCGAAGAUGCUGAAGAUGAGGAUGCGUGGGAGGAUACUGAUGACGAGGAGGACGAAGAGGGCGUUGAUGACGAUGAGGACACGGAGAUGCAGUGAUGGGUGCCCGAUCAUGGUCACCCUCUCUCUGCAGAUUUCUUCUCCGAUCACACGACAGGACAUGGGUUAUGACUUCCAUAUUGGCGGCAUAUCAGGCGUUUAGGGCAAAAGUUCUCAU